AUAUAUAAGUAUUCCAAUUUUCAACUUGUCAACUUCAUCAACUGGUGCUGUUUUUGUUUUUGUUUUGUUUUGUUUUUUUUUAAUUGCAAAAACCAGCACUUUGUAAGCUACCAGGUGUGGGAGCCAAGGUUGCAGAUUGUGUUUGCCUAAUGUCAUUGGACAAACAUGAUGCUGUUCCAGUGGACACACAUGUGUGGCAGAUAACUGCAAAACACUACAUGCCCCAACUUGCAAGGACCAAGUCUCUUACUGCCAAGGUUUAUAAGCAAAUUGGUGAUCAUUACAGGGACCUCUUUGGGAAUUAUGCUGGAUGGGCACAAUCGGUUCUUUUUGUAGCUGAUUUAAAGAGAUUUCAAGAUACUCAGACUACCAGUUUAACAAAUUUAAACUCAAAAUCUGCCAAGAGGUCUAUGGAAUCCGACAUGCCGUCAACAAGCAGCUCCAAGCGUCCCGCCAAAAAGAAAAAGAAGAACCGGAUAUAGGCUAAAAACAAAGAUUUAUUUUCCACUCGUCACUCUCUUUCUGAGAUAGUACUGAAAUUUAGUCCACGCUAAUCACGUUAAGGUUCUCAAGUUCUCCUACAACUGAUAGAAACCGAAAUAAGUAAAAAUUUAGUUGGAUAUCACUACGUAAGAGAUUAUGAACUGUUCAUAAUCUCUUGCUACUUAGCCAUUUAAAGAUGGUGGCUUCAUUUGUCUAGAUAUUUUGAAAAUUAGCCAUUUUAUCACCUUUUGGAAAUAGAAUGCAACGUACACCAUAAAAGAUGUUGAACUACGUUCGUCACCCAAUGAGCGGAGUCUUGAGACUGGAGAGCAUUCAUUUAACUAGGUUUCUUCACUUUUGUGCCGUAGAAUAUCGCCUUUAUUGUAUGACUUAUUGGACGCCACGCUCCAAUAAAAGCUGCAUACUCUUCCCUCUUUAAAAAAGUCUAUGUAUUUCU